AUGCACUGCCAGAAGUGUCGCCAGCCACUCAGGCUGGACGGGUCUCUUGAGGACUUGAACCCGGCGGCGUACGACCUGCUUGUUUCUGCGACGUCACCGCAGACGUCCAACAAGUCGCCCCAGCAUCCGCCAGCAACGUCACAGCCGCAAGAACGGUCGAGAAGAGCAUUGUACGACCAGGCAUCCCACCAUGCCGGUUCGCCGAGAUUCAAACGCCAACAUGGCAGCCAAUCUCGCGACUCUGCCAUGUCAUUCAUUUAUCUCACCGAAUCUCAAGUCGGCGGCCAAUCCCAGCAUCAAGCUUCGAUCCGCAGUCAAGCGUCCACGCCGGGCCAACAACGGCGCUCUGGCUCGGGCAGGAAGAGCUCAGAGCUAGGGCAGGAUGUACCCAAGGGAGACGAGAUGCGGCGAAUGGACAGGCUUUUUGAAAUUUUAUCCGCUCGAUCUGACAUCGAUCACCCUGUUUGCAUCGACUGCACCGAGUUGCUUCUGGACGGGUUCCAGAAGAAGCUGGAUGUGGCUUCGAAGGAGAGGGACGCGUAUGUGAAGCGGCUGCGAUACGUGAAAGAUGAGCAACCCAGUCAAGAGGAGGUGCAACGGCGACAGGAGGCGCUCCAAAAGGCCGAGAACGACAAGGCGGAUGCGAUUCGGGAUCUUAAGCAGCUCGAGAGAGAAAAGGACGGGCUCGACGAGGAAAUUUUGGCCUUGGAGGAGGAAUCGAGGCUUCUGGAUAAAGAGGAAGAGUCGUUUUGGAGGGCUCGAAACGCCUUCGCCACCCGCAUGGCCGACUUUCAGGCCGAAAGGGACAGCGUCAACGCAAAGUACAGCCACGACUCGCAGCUGCUGGAGAAGCUGCAACGGUCGAACGUGUACAACGACACGUUUUGCAUCAGCCACGAUGGGAGCUUCGCGACCAUCAACGGUCUACGACUCGGGAGGCUGUCGAGCAAGCCGGUGGAUUGGUCCGAGAUCAAUGCCGCCUGGGGGCAUGCCCUUCUGCUGCUCGUCACCGUCAGCGACAAGCUUGAUUACAAGUUCAAGGGCUACGAUCCCCAGCCGAUGGGCAGCACAUCCAAGAUUGUCCGAUAUGACGGGUCCAGCCUCGCGUCAAGCCGCUCGGCAUCUCGGGUCGUGCAGCCACCGCCCAAGAAGCACGUGCUCGAGCUCUACAGCUCCGGCGACAUGCCGCUUGGCUUGACCUUUAUGCACCGCAAGUUUGACAACGCCAUGGUCGCCUUCCUCGAGCUCGUCCGGCAGCUGGGUGUGUUUGUGCAGGAGCAGACGGAGCCGACGGGCAAUACUUUGCUGUUGCCGUACAAGAUCGAGGGCGACAAGAUAAGCGACGUGAGCAUCAAGCUUGGCAUUGCCCAGGAUGACGGCUGGACAAAAGCGUGCAAGCUGACGCUCACUUGCUGCAAAUUCCUCCUAGCUCAUGCCAGUAACGUGAGCUCGACCGCGACAGAUUCCACGUCAUGA